ACCGGGAGCCCGGUCGAGAUGGAGGAAGAUGCGAGCGGGGGCUGGAGGUCGCCGGGCAUGGAGGUUGGAGUGGGCGCUGUGGCCUAGAGGUCCGGGCUCGGAGUUCGCCUCAGUCGCGGCGGAACCUCCCUGAUCGGAGGAGGUCUCCAGGCGCCAUGGAGGAUAAACGCAACAUCCAGAUCAUCGAGUGGGAACACCUGGACAAGAAGAAGUUUUACGUGUUUGGUGUAGCAAUGACGAUGAUGAUCCGUGUCAGCGUCUACCCGUUUACCCUCAUCCGCACCCGGCUGCAGGUCCAGAGGGGCAAGAGCCUCUACCACGGGACUUUUGAUGCCUUCCUCAAGAUCCUGCGAGCAGACGGUGUGACUGGCCUCUACCGGGGGUUCCUGGUCAACACCUUCACCCUCAUCUCUGGUCAGUGCUACGUCACUACGUACGAGCUCACCCGGAAGUUUGUCGCUGACUACAGCCAGAGCAAUACGGUCAAGUCUCUGGUGGCCGGGGGCUCGGCCUCCCUCGUGGCCCAGAGCAUCACAGUGCCCAUUGACGUGGUGUCCCAGCACCUGAUGAUGCAGCGCGAGGGCAACACGAUGGGCCGCUUCCAAGUGCGAGGGAGCCCCGAGGGACGAGGGAUUGUAGCCUUUGGCCAGACCAAGGACAUCAUCAGGCAGAUCCUGCGGGCUGACGGGCUCCGAGGCUUUUACCGAGGCUACGUGGCUUCACUGCUUACCUACAUCCCAAAUAGUGCUGUCUGGUGGCCCUUCUAUCACUUCUAUGCAGAACAGCUCUCGUACCUCUGUCCUAAGGAGUGCCCGCACAUUGUCUUUCAAGCUGUGUCGGGGCCCCUGGCUGCGGCCACCGCUUCCAUCCUCACCAAUCCCAUGGACGUCAUCCGCACCCGAGUGCAGGUUGAAGGCAAGAGCUCCAUCAUCCUGACCUUCAGACAGCUGAUGGCAGAAGAGGGGCCUUGGGGCCUCAUGAAAGGCCUCUCGGCCAGAAUCAUCUCAGCCACACCCUCCACCAUUGUCAUCGUGGUGGGCUACGAGAGCCUCAAGAAACUCAGCCUCAGACCUGAGCUGGUGGACUCAAGACAUUGUCACGGGCCUCCGGAGGGAUUCUUGGGAGACAGUAAGGAGCGGGGCAGGAGGUCACCCGCACCAGGACCGCUGCACUUACCAGCCCGACACUGCCCAGCUGACCUGGUGGCCGCCCAGCACUCCUGCCCCACGCCCCCGGCCGCCACCAAGCCUGCGAUGCGGGUGCGGCGCCCCCGGGACAGAAGGCCUGUCAGACCCUGCACUCGUACUGCACACGUGUGGCUGGAUGAGCCUUCCUGCCUCUCAUCAGUCCCAUCCCUGGGAAAGGCCACGGUGCCAACUUGAAAGGUGCUAGCUACCUGAGGCCUUGACACUUCUUACGGCUGCCCCCCCUUUCCGUCGCCCCGGCCAGAUCAGAGCCAACCGCGCUCCUCCACCUUCGCCACCACCACCGCCCGUCUGGGCCUCGAAUCUUCGAGGGUUAACCCCCUCCACCUACCUUCGGUUUUGUGUCCCCUCUCCUCCUUUGUCAGGUGUCCCCCAGUGUCUGUCCACUAAUGGUCAGCCCCCCCCGGGGUGCACAGGUGACUCCGAACCCCCUGCCCCUCCGUCACCCACCUGCCCCAAGAGCCACCAACAGGAUCGAGGCCAGGGCCCCUCCGCUCUCCCCGCGCCUCAGUGCCACACCUCCUCCCUAGAGGCCCGUCUGCGGUCCGCCCCACGCGGGCCGAGUGGUGGCAGGAGGCGCUGUGCUGCCCCGCCAGUCUCAGGAGGUGGGGGGUUCGUGCCCUCAGACCGCUCUCCCCGAGCUCCCCGUGCGGCGGGGUGCCGCACCCCCCUCCCGCCCUCUCCACCUCUCCCUCUCUCGCACGGCGCGCUCGCGGUCCGGAAGGUCGCCGCGCGUCUCCGACAGGGAGCCCUGGCCCCCGCUCUCCCAUCCAGCACGUCAGGCGCCGGGGUCGGCGAGGGUUAUGCAGCGCCGGGGUGGGGAGCGGACCAAAGGCCACGUCAGGGGGACUUGGGGCUGAGCCGGUCCGUGGCCCGAGCUGGACGGAACAUGGGACACCGGGCGGGCGGGCACGCAGGUACAGCUGGCGUUUGGUAGACUGGACUCCUGGGAACAUUAGCGGCGGACAUUCACUGUUGCACUGUACGAAGUCUCUGACGUGUGAUUAAAAGCUUUUAU